UGUGUUCAGUUCACGACACGUUCCCAUUCCCUUCAGCGACUCUUGACAUCAUGGCGGAGGCCGAUUCAUGGGAUGCAGACAGUUUCGAGCCCGAAGUGCCCGUUAAAAAGGCGGCAGUUCAUGACAAAUGGGAGGGCGAGGAUGAAGACGACGAUGUGAAAGAUAAUUGGGAUGAUGAAGAAGAGGAAGAAACUGUGGAGGAAAAGAAGACUGGAACAGAGGCAAAACCUACAGAAAAGAAAAAGCUUAGUGAUAAGAUAAAAGAGAAAGAAAAUUUACAAAGGAAAAAACAAGAGGCGCUCAAAAUGCAUUCUGAGGAGUCUAAAAACAGUACAGAACUCACACCAGAAGAGGAGUUGGCGGAAAAACUUAGAGUGAAAAAGUUACAAGAAGACUCUGACUUAGAACUUGCAAAAGAGGCAUUUGGUUUAGUAUCAAAUAAUGUAACCGGAAUUGAUGCAAUGAGUCCCUCUUCUAAAGAAGACUUCACAGAGUUUGAGCGUUUGCUAAGAGAAAAAAUUUCUCCAUAUGAGAAGUCUAUACACUAUUCCAGCUUUUUAGAGUCGCUGUUUAGGGACCUCUGUCUUUCGUUGGAAGUUGACGACUUGAAGAAAAUUAACAAUUCACUCACAGUGCUACUAAGUGAAAAGCAGAGGCAAGAAAAGCAGCAAAACAAAGGCAAAAAGAAAAAGAAGGGAGUUUUACCAGCUGGUGGUUUAAAAGCAAAGCUGAAAGAUGAUCUUGCAGACUAUGGCGAGUUUGAUGGAGGUUAUGCACAAGACUAUGAAGAUUUCAUGUGACCAAGGCCUAAUCCAAUUUCUAACUUUUGCUGAUUGCUGAACCAUACACCUUAACAGCAUGACCUUACCCCACAGUCAGGCCCACUACCUGAACCAUGCUAGAAAAACUGACCGUCAUCCCAUGCAAUCCACACUGUCCCUUCAAAGAGAUUUAUACAGAGAAUAAAUUAAGUACGGUAUUUUUCUCUGGUCUGAUGUCACUUUUGGUCAGUGUUUAUCAGGAUAAUAAAACUGAUGAAGAAAGGUCCUCCUUUAAAAGUGAACACUGGCACAUGUGAACCAGCAGUAUCAAUUAAUAUUUUACAGUCCAGGCUUUAUGAAAAAAGAGUGUUAGUGUUCGGUAACUGCUACUUCUCAGAAAUAAAUUACAUUCUAUGCAAAUUUCAGAAUAUGUCCAUAUUGAUCUCAGUGGCAUUGAAUGGGAAUGAUGGCUAGCAUUCCUUUGGAACUUAUCCUUGUUUGAGUUGGAUGUUCUUUUUGCAACCCUAUACAAAGUGAAUUGAUAAUAUUUAGGCAGUCACAUAGAUUAAAAAUAAUUUCUACUAUCAGACGUUUCAUUUUCUGUUCUUAGAUAGUAGUGAGCUCAUUUGUUUAGAUGGUUACAUGUAGAGUGUAGCAUACCUACUCUAAGCAUAAUACAUAACAAAAAAUAAUGCCUUUACAUUUGUAGCUCAUGAUGCAUUCCAUAUAAAGAAUAAGUCCAAAAGUAUGAAACCGCAUUGUGCAGCUCACUAAAUAAUAUUAAAGGUACAGCAUUAUUAGGAUUUUUGCAGAGUAAAGAAUAUGUAUAUUUACGAAUAGAACUCGUGUUUUCAGUCCAACACAUGCCGUUACUCAUUUGACCUCAAUCAUGCCAGCAACGAUCAUGAUCUCAGAAAGGGUUUGAAAUUGUCUGCUGAAAUAUAAGGGACUGAGUGUUGAUGUAGGGUCUUUUCCCGGCACUAUUAAGCUUUCUAUUUUCUCUACAACCCACUGUGUGAUGAUAGAUAUGCUUCAAAGAGACUUAAAAUCAGCAAAGCCGAUAAUAGGACUCUGCACUGUUUUAUAAUGAUCUAAUUUAAUAAAAGUUGCUUAAAA